AUUCGGUCGAUGAUCAGAAUAUUCGUCAUUGAUGGCACAUGAACAUAGAAGCACUUCCGGAGUGGAUCAACUGCCUGACACAAAAAGCCCAGUGGACAGUUGGGAAACUGAACUGCCCUUUCUGUGGGGCCCCAUUUAGGGGGCUUUAAUUUUGUCAGCACUCCAAAAUGUUCCUGUGGCCAGCCGGCAGCUGCACAUCCCUGCAAGAGCCGAACCGGUUGUCACCCAGCACAGGCAGGCCAUCUAAUGAGCCCUUCGCUGAAACACUUGUCACUUUCUAGAGUUCAGGCAGGUUGCGACAAGGAAGCCCGGCUGACAGGUGGUGGCUCCCAAAGCACAAAUCACAGGCUUUUCGACAUGGCCCAACAGCAUGACAGCCCUGGAAGACUAACAGACGCUCUGUGCCUGGAGGUACGCUCCACGUAUUUCGAGAUGAAGAAGGAACAAGCGUGCCUCGGAACCUCAGAUCCCAAAUACCAGCUUUUUGUUCCCCGGCUUGUGACUGGCAGGUGCGCGGCGAGAGCUUUUCAUAGAAAAUCACAGAGUUUGGAUCUGAACAUCAGCGGGAAACUGACUUUGUUACCCACUUUGUAUGAAAUACAUAGUAAGACGACCGCCUAUCCCAGGCUGGAUGCCACGCAGCCCAUGGACCUUUCAGGUUUGUCUUUACAAGCUGCUAAAAAUAGCUGUUCCUUUCAGAACCCAUCCAGUUUUGAUCCUAACCUGCUGCUGCCAAGAUUUUCAGUGGCUCCCCACGAGACCCAGACACAAAGAGGAGGCGAAUUUCAGUGCAGUCUAGAAGCUUCUUCAGUGUAUUCUGACAACGCUACUAACAGCAACCUGACUUUUCUCAUGGACCUGCCCUCAGCUGGUCGAAGCAGACUGGAAAGCUCAGACCAAGAAGAGCCGCUCUCGCCUCUGGAUUUCCUGCGCUCAGCCAGUUUUUCACUGGGCACCAUUAACCAGAGGCUAAAUAAGAGAGAGCGGGGCAAGUUGAGGAGUCUAAGAAGGAAACAACGACGGCAUGAAAGAUGGCUGCAGAAGCAGGGUAAAUGCCCAGGAGUGGGAUUGCUAAAUCACAUGAGUUUGAGUAAUGACAUGAGUACAGAUGAAGACAAUGACUGUGCAGAAGAAAAGGACAGCUACAUCUGCGCCGUGUGUCUGGAUGUCUAUUUCAACCCUUACAUGUGUUACCCCUGCCGCCACAUCUUCUGUGAGCCCUGCUUACGGACUCUGGCCAAAGACAACCCUGCAAGCACUCCCUGCCCGCUGUGUCGGACAAUCAUAUCGAGAGUCUUUUUCCAGACAGAACUGAACAAUGCCACAAAAACAUUUUUUACUAAAGAAUAUUUGAAAAUAAAACAAAGCUUUCAGAAAUCCAGCUCUGCCAAAUGGCCCCUUCCAAGCUGCAGAAAAGCAUUUCAUCUUUUUGGAGGGUUCCCCCGGCGGCCGGCGCCGGUCACCAGGCGGCAGUUCCCGCACGGCGCCCACAGGAUGGACUACCUGCACUUCGAGGACGACAGCCGCGGCUGGUGGUUCGACAUGGACAUGGUCAUCAUUUACAUCUACUCCGUCAACUGGGUCAUCGGCUUCGUGGUCUUCUGCUUCCUCUGCUAUUUUUUCUUUCCGUUCUAGGAAUUUUAUAUCUCACUGUAACUGAACAAUCAUAACGAAUGUAAAUAAACGUUGCAUAGACCUUUUUCAAAUGUGCUUUGAAGUUUUUAUAAUACUGCCUUGUAUAAAUGGUUGGUGUUUAUAAGACAGCCUGAGAAUAAUGGACGUGUUUACUAAUGUGUUCGUGAAUAAAUGCAACUUUAUUCAAGAGCUGACCUAUCCAGAACUUACCAACAGUGUUCAGUUAACAGUGUAUCUGGCUUAGGGUUUGGGCUUCUACUUUUUCCAGUGUCAUUUUUAUACUCAUUUUCAUUGUGAAGACUGCAAUUUUCUCGCCACUUAAAAAUGAUAAUCUACAAAGUAAGAUGGAAAUCUGAAAGGGUAUCUGUAUUACUUACAUAUUUAGUCUGUGACCAUUUAUUCUCAGGCAGAUUUCAUAUAUAUCGUAUAUCUAUCUUAUAUAUAUGCCAUAUAUAUAAGGUAACUAAUAUUCUCUGGGAACCAAUCUAGCAGGGUAUAUUCAACAUUUUUUUCUAAUUUUCUUUGCCUAUGCCCCUUUCUGUUACCAAGAAAUACUUACUGUCCUUUUUGAAAAGACCUGAACAUAUUUUUAAUGUAACAUUUUCAGUUAUUAUAGCAACUUCUAAAUACAAUGAGACUUACCCUCAUUAAUCGACAUUUCAGAGAGCUAUGUUAACAUUUUCCAAAUUGCAGGAUUAGUCACCUGGAUAAAAUAAUUGACUGGCUUUCUGUAGUCUAAACAAACAAUGCAUGUCCAAAAUGUACCUAAUUCAGCGAUUCAUUGAACUAAGAUACUGUUAAAUAUAUUGUUAAUGUGCAAUAAAGAAUGGCUUUUAAACUUUUUAUUGUUCAGU